UUCCGCCUCAGUGGGACAGUAGGAAAGGAAGCUUUGGGGUUAGGAGCUGGGACCUUUCUUGGCUCUUUUGAGAAGAGGUUGCCUUGGAGACGGGAGAGAGCGGUAUGGCGGCGCUGAAGUACGCGGGUCUGGACGACACCGACAGCGAGGAGGAGCUGCCCCCUGGCUGGGAGGAGAGGACCACCAAGGACGGCUGGGUCUACUAUGCCAAUCAUCUGGAAGAGAGAACUCAGUGGGACCACCCUAAAUCUGGGAAACGGAAGCGAGUUGCUGGAGAUUUGCCAUAUGGUUGGGAGCAGGAAACAGAUGAAAAAGGACAGGUCUACUUUGUUGACCAUAUAAACAAAAGGACGACAUACCUCGACCCGAGGUUAGCAUUCACAGUGGACGAUAAUCCCAUGAAGCCCAAUGCCAAGCAGAAGUAUGACGGAAACACCACUGCGAUGGAAAUUCUUCAAGGCCGUGACAUGAGUGGGAAAGUGGCCAUAAUUACUGGUGCCAAUUCAGGAAUAGGCUUUGAAACAGCAAAGUCCUUUGCUCUCCAUGGUGCGCAGGUCAUUCUUGCUUGCCGGAACGCAUCGAAAGCAAAUGAGGCUGUGCAGCGCAUCUUGGAAGAAUGGGUAAGAGAAAGCAUUUCUUGAUUCUAGGUGGUCUUG